UGCUAGUUUAAGGAAGAGAAGAACAGAAAAACAUCGAAACGCACGCACGCACGAGUCCAAAGUUUAAACAAAACAUAAGUACACACACUGACACAGGUGUUGUGUCCUAAGUAACAUUGGUUCCUCAUGAACUCAAACUCAAACCUUAAACCUUCCUCCUCAAUCUUCAACACCUCAUCAAUCGCCACCGUUUGGGAUAGAACGAACUUUCUAGAUUUGAGUUUUUGGUAGAGUUUGAUCUCAUGGAAGCUGAUAGAUUAAAUACCCCAACCACUUUUGAGAUGCCAUUGGAAGUUUUGGGCCAUGAUUUGCUAUUUGCUCAGGACCCCAACUCUAAGCACCAUGGAACUACAAUAUGGGAUGCAUCACUUGUAUUUGCAAAGUUUCUUGAACGGAAUUGCAGAAAAGGAAGAUUUUCCCCUGCUAAACUUAAAGGAAAACGUGUAAUAGAACUAGGAGCUGGCUGUGGUGUUUCCGGGUUUGCCAUGGCUAUGCUGGGUUGUGAUGUUAUAGUUACAGACCAAAAGGAGGUUUUGCCAUUAUUACAAAGAAACGUCGAUCGUAAUAUUUCAAGGGUUAUGCAAAAGAAUCCUGAGUUAUUUGGCUCAAUCAAGGUUUCCGAGCUUCAAUGGGGAGACGAGAGUCACAUUAAGGCCGUUGGUCCUCCAUUUGACUACAUUAUUGGCACCGACGUUGUUUAUGUAGAACAUCUAUUGGAGCCUCUAUUGCAGACAAUACUUGCUUUAUCUGGACCUAGGACAACUACAGUGUUGGGUUAUGAGAUCCGAUCCACCAGUGUCCAUGAGAAGAUGCUUCAGAUGUGGAAAAAAAACUUUGACAUGAAGACCGUCUCGAAAUCAAAGAUGGAUGAAACAUUUCAACAUCCAAGCAUUGAACUCUUCAUUAUGGGAUUUAAACCUUUGGCAGAGGGCCCAGAAAACUCAAGUCAAGCUGCUGCUGAAAAAGUUGAUGUGGAACCUGAUGUGGAGGAUAAAAACACUGAGGAAAAUAUUGUACUAGAAGGAUCUGGUCUUGUUGAAGAAAAUAGCGAGGAUCAUAGUAAGUCAAUUCCCCGAAAUGCAAAGCUUAGCGAGUGGGAAGCCAGAAGGUAUGGCUCAGUGGCUGCAAAGAUUUUACGAGACGUAAAAAUAUCAUGAUUUUUAAAGUUGGUUGUGAAGACUUCGUUAGCUUACGAAAUAUCAGUGGUCAGACGCAGAGGCUUCAAUGCCUUGUUCACCUUUACAUGACUACUAUUUUGUUAGGAUCACGAGCUGGAUUCCAAUCUUUCUGUCCAUUGAAGUGUAGGUGUAUCAAUGAUGAAGCAGUAACCUUGUUAAGUUUGCCAGAACUUGAAAGCAUUUGCAUAAUGGUUGGUAACUGCACCGUGUAUAUCACAGUAAUUAUUAUCCUGCACGAUAAUGUAUUGCAUCUACAAAUUGAGGUCUUUAGAACAUGUAUUAAAUUCUGCUUUUUAUAGUUAUGGUUACUAGUUUGGAUUAAUUUUUAGUGCGAGAGUUUAUCAAUUAAAAGUAGUUUGUUAUUUUA